GCCAAAUAUACUCUCCACACGACCACAUAUUAGUCCUCUCACUCUCGUCAUACCAUGUCUGAAGCAUCCAGGCCAAAGUACGACAACCUUCCUGGCAUCGAUACUGCACCGGAUAUCUAUGAAACCCCCGAUCUCGCCGAAGAUGUCUCUACAAUUCAAGCGUCAACUGUUGUUUCCGAGUCGGAAGGCGAAGACGACAACGAUGCCGAACAGUCAGCAGUACACCACCAGCGUCUUCAGACUGACCAGGCUCGCAAUCGCUUCCAGCCCUCACGCAUAGACGCAAACGGCGUCGACUUCUCAGACAAUAUCACCGCACAGCGCCGAUCAUAUCGCAUAGUUACCCAACGUCGGCGGCGGCGUGGCGAGAUACUAGGGGACGACAGCGACGAAGAGGAAGAGAGCUUUGCGAGGAAACUUUUAAGGAUAAAGCGAGAAUUGGCCGGGUUGGAGAGCGAGUAUGAGCGGAGACUGGAAUCAGGAGACAAGUCGAAGAUCGAGGAGCAGGACCCCAAGGAAAUGUUGGAGAUUAUAGCGAGUAAAGUGGACACGAUAUAUGCGGCUCACAAGGGUGGUGCUCGAGGCGCCGAGGCGAUUCUUGACAGGACGGUGCAGAAGUUCGACAACUACAAGCCUUUCGAGCCAAGUCCCAGGCUUAGCAAAGCGAUCGCCAAUCAGCCACCACUACCCGGGACACAAGUUCAGCGGAAUCAGCUAGAAUUCGUACUGAACCAAGCGGCGGAGUUUGACAAGCGAAUUACCCAAUUGGAGAACAACCUUGGAUUGAAUGGGAACACGAUGCCGGAACUAAGCGACAAUGCGCCAUUUCCAGUCUUCACUACGCUGACAAAGUUGGAGCAAACCCUGGGUCUCAUUGGAGAUGCUUCAACAAACAACCUCGACGCAGUAUCACAGCAGAUUAAGAAGCUCACAGCCGACGCCGAGCACCUCAAAGAAGUCCGGACAGAAGCUUCACGUGCCAGCUCGAGUCACGGUGAGAACAAGGCUAUCACAUAUCCAGAUCAAGACGCCAAGAUCAGCGCGCUCUAUGGCACGUUGCCUUCGAUUGACAAGCUCUCGCCUAUCCUGCCUUUGGUUCUCGAACGUCUCCGCACACUGCGACUGGUACAUACAAGUGCCUGGCAAGCGGACGAAGUCUUGUCUGAGCUUGAGAGACGGCAAUCGAAGCAGGAAUCCGAAAUCAAGAGGUGGGAGCGACAACUUGAAAUCGUGGAGAAGGAUAUGAAAAAGAGUGAGACAGCUAUGCUAAACAACAUGAAGAUCGUCGGCGACGACGUCAAGAUGUUGGAGCAGAAGAUGGCAAAGUUGAUGGCAGGAAGUCAGGGAGAGUGAGCAUGGAAAGAGACGACUUGCAUAUAACCACAAACGAAGCGCAGAUCUAUUCCCAGGGCGCAUAUGGUGUAGUUCGGGUUUGAAGACGAUGCUCAAGCCCGUCCCUGAUGUAUACAAAUGAGCGACACGCCAGGAUUAUCGUCUCAAUCGAUCACUAAAGAUACCCAGCAGCUAGCCACGAAUCAAGGUUGUUCAUAUUUAUGUACUUCGG